AUGCACAACCCUCGCCCCCCGACUUCUGCCACUUCUGAGAAGAACAGAGAACUCAGAGUCUCCGUAUCGGAUCUCGCUGAGUGUCUUGUCUUCCGGGCCGGAGAGGAAGUAAACCUUGAAGCUGAAAAAGAAGAACGCGAGCUCGUAUACCAAGGCACUCUAGCCCAGAGCUAUUCUAGUUCCCAGGAAGACAGCGAUCGGCUGCUCGCAGUCCUGCUGGACCAUUCUCUACUUCUAUUGAGACCUCGGGGUGAUACGGCGAAGUUUGAUGUCUGCUAUCGUCCCAUACCAAUCGAGUUCCUCACCGUUUCCAUGUCGAGGAACCCCCAGCAGUUCUCGAAGGUGACUGAGACGCUCAAGCGCAUGGCUUGUGUUGUUCCCACACCGCCAGAUGAGGCCGAUCAGGGGUUUCCUGUAACUUUUGCAUGCCUGGGGAGGAAGGCUUUCCACGUGUCGUUGUGGGCAACUUCCUUGGACGACCAGCAGAGAUGGGUCCGAAGUGUUCAGAAACAACAAGAGGCGAUGGAAGACGUACAGCACGUUUUCGACAGUCAAUAUUUUUCUCUUGGAGGGAAAAUUGUCAGCUGCGCCACACUAUUUGAUCAAGGGAGACAAAUCGUAUACGGAACUACGAACGGCGUUUAUUUGUCCGAGGUCGCCGAACCGCAUAACCAGCUCAUCAAGAUCCUAGCCUUGAACGAUGUGACACAGGUAGAUGUCCUCGAAGAGCCACAGAUCUUGAUCGUACUGUCUGAAGGUCAACUUCUUACCUUCCCGUUGGACGUGCUCGACUUGAAUGACCCUAACGCGGCCCUCGAGCGCGCGAAACGCGUAGCCUCAUAUGUAUCGUUCUGCAAAGCGGGAACAUGCCUCGGCAGAAUGAUGUUGUGCGCUGUCAAAUCCACUAUCCUGUCCACCACGAUCAAGAUCUUCGAGCCUGUGUCCAACACUGGGACCACCGGGCCCUCCCGGCCCAUGUUCCGAAGACUGUUGCAGGGUAACCAGUACGACAAUGACAGGUUGAUGAAUCUCACAAAGGAGUUCUACAUACCCAAACAGACGAACGCUGCCAUCUUUCUCAAGACGAAACUCUGUCUCGGCUGCGCGGGCGAUUUCGAAGUCGUCGAUAUCGAAACCCUGGACAUCCAAACUCUCCUGGACCCCUCCGACCAGUCGCUAGACUUUGUGCGUAGCCGCAAAGUACUGCAGGCGAUUGCCCUCUACCGUAUCGGUGAUAACUUCCUCAUGUGCUAUGAUGAGUUUGCAUUUUAUGUUAACAGGACCGGAUGCCGAUCCAACAAACACUUCUUGGUGUUCUGGGAGGGUACCCCGACCGCUUUUGCUCUUCAGUACCCGUACAUUCUUGCCUUCGACCCUACGUUCGUGGAAAUCUGGCACGUAGAGACUGGACGGAUUGUGCAGGUCAUCCAAGGCAGCAAUAUACGGUGUCUCUGGCCUGGUGCGACGCCAUUCCAGUUCGACCCGGCCCACCCUUACGGAGCGCAGAGUGGGGUGCUGGUGGUGUCUGACGAACAGGUUGUGAAGCUGCAGGCGUCCGCGCGGACGCCAUAG